UUAUUUAUUCACUUCUUCACUUCUUCACUUGUAUCCUGUCUCAAUAAUAAUAAUAAAUCCUUUAUUAGUCCCACAAUGGGGAAAUUAUUUCUCUGCAUUUAACCAUCCCGGAGGAGCAGUGGGCUGCAAUGAAGCGCCCGGGGAGCAACUUGGGGUUAGGUGUCUCGCUCAAGGACACCUCGGCAUGUUGACUGUAGAGGGGUUCUAACCAUAGACAUCAUAUAGAUACCUAUAUGAUAUAUCUAUAUCAUAUAGAUACCUAUAUGAUAUAUCUAUAUCAUAUAGAUAUCUAUAUGAUAUAUCUAUAUCAUACCUAUAUGAUGUCUAUGGUUUGAACCAACAACCUUGUGGUUACGGGACAAGCGCUCUACCUCAUGUGCCACAGCCGAAUAGACGAUCUUUGAUGUGUUUCUGGUCUGACCCGGUAGCAGAACCUCCGGGGUUCAGCGGGAGGUUCCGUUGUUGUUCUCCGGGAGGUUCUGCUGCUGUUGUUCUCCGGGAGGUUCUGCUGUUGUUCUCCGGGAGGUUCUGCUGUUGUUCUCCGGGAGGUUCUGCUGUUGUUCUCCGGGAGGUUCUGCUGUUGUUCUCCGGGAGGUUCUGCUGUUGUUCUCCGGGAGGACGGGACAGCGGGGCGGCUGUUGGAGCUCACGCACCGGGACACGACGCGAAGACGAGCCGUGAGGAGGCGUGAUGGGGAACCAGCUGGCGGGCAUCGCCCCCUCACAGAUCCUCUCUGUGGACAGCUACUUCUCAGACAUCCACGACCACGAGUACGACAAGAGCCUGGGCAGCACCCGCUUCUUCAAGGUGGCCCGGGCCAAACAUCGGGAGGGCCUGGUGGUGGUGAAGGUGUUCGCCAUCCAGGACCCGUCGCUGCCUCUGACCAGCUACAAACAGGAGCUGGAGGAGCUGAAGAUCCGGCUGCACUCCUGCCAGAACUGCCUGCCCUUCCAGAAGACCUCGCUGACGGAGAAGGCGGCCAUCUUGUUCCGUCAGUACGUGCGGGACAACCUGUACGACCGCAUCAGCACGCGGCCCUUCCUCAACAACGUUGAGAAGCGCUGGCUGGCCUUCCAGAUCCUCAACGCCGUGGACCAGGCGCACAAGGCCGGCGUCCGCCACGGCGACAUCAAGACGGAGAACGUGAUGGUGACCAGCUGGAACUGGGUGCUGCUCACCGACUUCGCCAGCUUCAAGCCCACCUUCCUGCCCGAGGACAACCCCGCCGACUUCAACUACUUCUUCGACACGUCCAGGCGCAGGACGUGCUACAUCGCUCCAGAGAGGUUCGUGGACGGCAGCAUGUUCGCCACAGAGAGCGACCAGAACACGCCGCUGGUGGACCUGACCAACAACAACCAGCGGAGCCGAGGGGAGCUGCGAGCAGCCAUGGACAUCUUCUCUGCAGG